CUUUUUUUUUCCUCGGCAACCUCCCCUCCCUCGGCCCUGGCCCAUCUCGCUGCCGACCGCCCCAACCCCGUCGCUCCGUCGCUCGUCUUCCUCAUCGAGCGAGCGCCGCCACCCCUCCCUCCCCGUCCCGAUGCCGAGCGCCCUAGCCCCGUAGCUCGUCUCCCUCCUCGAGCUAGCGCCGCCACCCCUCCCUCCCCAUCCCACUGACGAGCGUCCCAGCGCCCCCGCUCCGUCGCUCGUCUUCCUCCUCGCGCAAGCGCCCGCCACCAGGUUGAUCUCUCGGAUUCUCUCGUUCCCGGCCGUUUCUCCUCCCAUCACCUCACGAAUGAAUUACGUCCUUUAGCCCCCCGUUUCAUCUCCUUAAUCACCCCAAUUCGUAACUGAGGCAAAAAUCAAGGUAGGGCGACCGCCCUACCUUGCCCUACCGGGUCCUCCGCCCGUGGACACUGGUAUUGUUUCGGCACAAUGUUCAGAAAGAUGAUGAAUCACAAAUGCGCCAAGGGGCUUCGACCUCAACUUCAAUAUUCGCAUGAUCUACCUUCUUCAAAUUGUUUGGUGAUGUUCAACAAGCAAUGUUCAAAACGAAACAACCAUGAAGUCUGCAUAGUGGUUCAGGCAAUAUCCCCAGUACAAUGUACAGAAAAUCCCAUGCAAGCGUUUAUAUCAUUUGAAGAUUUCCAUGUUUCUGUGCUUACUGAAGAGGAUGGAGUGAUAAAGACGCAGAUACGAGUAACUGUCAGCAGCACAAUGACAGAUUUUAUCUUCCAGAAAGUCUUCGCAAAGCAUGUUGCUGCCGCACAGCCACUUCCAGGAUUUCGACAAAUGAAAGGAGGAAAAACUCCAGAUGUACCAAAAGAAGUCGCUCUGCACUUGAUUGGACCAUCAAAGGUGAAGAAAGCAGCCAUCAAGAAAAUUAUUAACCGUGCAGUUGCUGAAUAUGUUGAAAAGGAGAACCUUGAUGUGUUGAAGAACCUGAAGGUUCUGCAGAGCUACGAAGAGCUCGAAGCCGCAUUCGAACCCGGAAAAGAGUUCUGCUUUGACGCGACUGUCCAUCUACAGUAAAAGCUAAUGCAGCGAAGGUAGUUCCAUGAUGCAUUGCCGUUAGACGUCACCUCUGCAGGGAGACUUCUGAAAAGCCCAUUGAACCUCAAGGGGCCUGAGCUCCCAGCUCUGCUGCUGCACACGGCCCUGCUCCUUGAUGAUCACCGAUGCUACUGCGAGUCAUUUUUGGUCGAUGCAAGGACCAAUUUUUUGUUGUCUGGAUGUUGAUUGAAAAUUAAAGCAACAUGCCAGAAAUAUUAUAUAUGCGCAAGAAUUCUGUUAAAAUUUCACAUAAGCAAUUAUUCUAUGUCCCAUUGUUAAGAGAAA